CCCAAAUCAUAACAACAAUGUAGACGAGCUAAUGUGUGUGCAUGUUGUUACACUGAAGAUUUUGGCUGUGUACUGUGUAGAUCUACUGUGUUGGCUGUGUUAGUGUAGCAGAACCCGUGCCAGGCCCUGUGUGAGUGCGUGAGCUGUGUUGAGUUGAGUUCAUAUCAUAGGCCUAGAUAAGAUAGAUAGAUCAAGAUCUGUUUGUUUACAGUUUUGUCCGAGCAGGGCCCGUGGCAGGAGAGAUUUGAGAGUGACAGCUGAUUGAACUGAUUCAUUUGUUGAGAAGGCCGAAAUGUGAGUUAAACAUGGCAGGCAGAAGUGCACAGCAGACAAGACGCGAAUGGUCAGACCAGUGUGAGUUUUCGGAAAGUGACCCUCAUCAUCAUGUUGGGGAAGGAAUGGGGUCUGAAAUAUCUGAAUUUGUUCCACCCCCUGUCCCAGUAGCAGUACAAGACUCUUCUGAAGAGAAAUAUGUUGUACUGAAUGGCCAGAAGGUGAAGUCAGAACCGAUGGAGUAUGAGUAUGAAUAUGAUUAUAAUGAAGUUGAUUUUGUGAAAACAGAUAGACCAAAUAGAUCAGACUUCUCUGACAAUGGCAAUGGUCAAGGUAGUCAAGGCAUGGUGGAUCGAGGAGAAGCAAUAGAAGGACAAGUGAGAAGUGUAAACAAAGAAAUAUGUGUUCAUGUCAGUGUCAAGCAAGAAGAACUGGUGCAAGAAGCACCAAUAACAGGUGAUUUCUCUCGGCAACAGGAUACGUUGAAAUCUGAAUCCAUGGCCCUGUCACUCGGAUGUAAGCCAGGGACAUCUACUUCUAGUGCCAGUGAGGAAAGGGAGAUGGGAGGGGCAGCUAUGGUGACCAGUUCGUCCCAGCAACUGAACUUAACACAUCAUUCCGGCUGUGUCGGAACAUCGCAGGUUGAAUCUGUGGAGGUGUGUCUGUGUCCAGCUGACAGCAGUGUCUACGUGGAAGAGACGAAUGUCCCCCCAUCUAAUGAUGCACAACAUAUACAGUUGACGAGAAAAUGUCUACCUUGUGGAGCCGAAGUGAACGACUCGCAACAACAAUCUUUUUUCAAAUGUGAUUUCUGUGAUAAGGAGUAUCCUAGUCUAGAUGAUUUGACGAAUCAUACACUGAUACACACUAAAGUAGAGCUAAUCAAAUGCGAUUUCUGCGAGCAAACUUUUGAAAGUUUGGAUUGCUUGCAGAAGCAUACCCAAACGCACGGUGGGGAAAAUUUGUACAAAUGUUGUUGGUGUGACGCAAGAUUUAAACAGGAAGACGAUUUGAAAAGACAUCAGAAGACGGACUGUCAAGAAAGUUCAGUAUCCUGCAAUGUACCUAAAAUAGUAUGGUCGGGAGAAAGUGAUGACUCAGCGGAAAAAGAUAGACUCGCGGAAAUGCAGCUCUACAAAUGUGAUGUGUGCAAUGUUGGAUUUGACGCCGAUUCUGAUCUGCAGCAGCACACGUCGUCAGCGCACGGGGAUGAGGAGAAGUUCAAGUGUGAUGUGUGUCACCGGACGUUCAGGAGCAGGAGUAAUCUCAAUAAACACGUGUUUACACACACGGGAGAAAAACCGUUCCAGUGCAGCAUCUGCCAUGCACAAUUUGUGUCGAAGCGUAAUUUGAAACACCACGCUUUUGUGCACACCGGAGAAAAGCCGUACAAAUGCCAGGUCUGUGAUGCUAAAUUUAGCCAUGCGGGUAACUUGAAACAGCACACCAUGAUACACACGGGAGAACGGCCGUACAAAUGCGGUCUGUGCAACGCGAGCUUCCUCGCAAAGAUCAGUUUGAGGUUGCACACCAUGAAACAUACGGGAGAGAAACCGUACAAGUGCGACGUCUGCGACGGGGGUUUUGGCACCAAAGCCCACUUGAACGAACACAUGUUGACGCACAGGACAGACAGGCCGUUUGAGUGCGGUCUGUGUAGAGCGAAAUUCAAGCUUUCGAGAUACUUGAAGCAACACAUGUUGAUCCACACGCGAGAGGGCAUUAUUGGCAGUGAUGACGCGGGGUCUCCAUCCCCCGACAACGGACAGGAAGUGGCGGACCUGGCGGCAGACAAGCCGUUUGCGUGCCAUAUCUGUGGCACGAGAUUUCAGACGUGGAAGAGUUUACGGCAGCACGCCGUGAUACAUUCGGUGGAGAAGCGGUUCGAGUGUGAGGUGUGUGGCUCGCGGUUUGUGUCGAAACGUAAUCUGAAACAGCACAACUACAUCCACACGGGGGAAAAGCCGUUUCACUGUGAAGUGUGCAACGCGAGGUUCACGACGAAAAACAUUCUGAAGCAGCACCUGUUGGUGCACACCGGGGAGAAACCGUUCGGGUGUGAGCUGUGUGAUGCGCGGUUUAACGCCAGGAGCAGUUUGCGGCUGCACGUGCUGCGUCACACAGGGGAGAUGCCGUACAAAUGUGACGUGUGCGAGGCAACGUUUAACACGAAGAGCAAUCUAAAUCAGCACGCCUUGACGCACUCGGCAGAGAAGCCCUACGAGUGUGGUCUGUGCAGCGCCCUAUUUAAGUCUUCAAAGUACUUGAAGCAGCACAUUUUAGUACACACGGGAGAAAAUCCUCACAAAUGCGGCCUGUGUGACGCCAGAUUUAAGUCGACAAGUCACCUGAAGCAACACACUUUAACGCACACCGGAGAAAAGCCUUUCCAGUGUGGAAUUUGUCUCGUGAGGUUUUACGCGUCGAGUCACCUAAAACAGCACUCCUUUACGCACACCGGAGAAAAACCUUACGAGUGCAGUGUGUGCGACGCAAAGUUUAGUUCUAGCAGCAAUCUGAAACAACACACCCUCAUUCACACCGGGGAAAAACCCCACAAGUGCGACUUGUGCGACGCCAGAUUCCGUGCCAGGAACAGUUUGAAACAGCACGUGAUGAUGCACACGGGGGAAAAACCGUACAGCUGUGACGUGUGUUUGGCCAAAUUUAAUUCGACGGGAAACUUACGCCGGCACGCCUUGAUCCACAGCAGAAAAGCGCAAGCGUGAGAUGUCAGCAGUGCGGGAACCGGACUGUUGAGACCCUUCCUCUGGGUUACCUGUGUUGAUUUUUCUAUCACAUGUUGCGGGUGGUUGGCAGGUGCUCUGACAUCGUUUGAUCUUUUUCUCCU